GCUAAGAAAAUGGUCAGAGGAAAUUCCACCCUGGUGACAGAAUUUGUUCUCUUGGGGUUAACAGAUCGUCCAGAGCUUCAGCCUGUCCUCUUUGUGCUGUUUCUGGUGAUCUAUUUGAUCACUGUGGGGGGGAACCUUGGGAUGUUGGUAUUGAUCAGGAUUGAUUUAUGCCUCCAUACCCCCAUGUACUACUUUCUUGCCAGUUUGUCUUGCUUGGAUUUGUGCUAUUCCACAAAUGUGACUCCCAAGAUGUUGGUGAACUUCUUAUCAGAGAAGAAAACCAUUUCCUAUGCUGCUUGUUUAGUCCAGUGUUAUUUCUUCAUUGCCAUGGUUAUUACUGAAUAUUACAUGCUAGCCAUAAUGGCUUAUGAUAGAUACAUGGCCAUCUGUAACCCUUUGCUUUACAGCAGCAAGAUGUCCAGAGGGGUAUGUAUUCGCCUGAUUGUUGGUCCAUAUGUCUAUGGGUUCCUUAGUGGCCUGAUAGAAACCAUGUGGACCUACCGCUUGACCUUCUGUGACUCCAAUAUUAUUAAUCACUUCUACUGUGCUGACCCUCCUCUUAUCCAGCUCUCCUGCUCUGACACUUUCAUUAAGGAGACAUCCAUGUUUGUGGUAGCAGGAUUUAACCUCUCCAACUCCCUCCUUAUAAUCCUCAUCUCCUAUAUCUUCAUACUCAUCGCCAUCCUGAGGAUGCAGUCUACUGAAGGCAGGCACAAAGCUUUUUCCACCUGUGGGUCCCAUCUGGUGGCAGUGACUGUAUUUUAUGCGACACUGUUCUGCAUGUAUGUUAGACCUCCCACGGACAAGUCAGUGGAGCAGUCUAAAGUUAUUGAUGUUUUCUACACUUUUAUAAGCCCUAUGUUGAACCCCAUCAUUUAUAGUCUGAGGAACAAGAAUGUGAAACAAGCUUUUUGGAAACUGAUCAGAAAAAAUGUAUUUUUGAAGUAA